CUCACGGCGGCCGCCAACCUGCUCCUCAUCGCGCUCAUCUGCACGCAGCCGGCGCUGCGCAACACAUCUAACUUCUUCCUGGUGUCGCUCUUCACCUCGGACCUGAUGGUGGGGCUGGUGGUGAUGCCCCCCGCCAUGCUCAACGUGCUGUACGGGCGCUGGGUGCUGGCGCGCGGCCUCUGCCUGCUCUGGGCCGCCUUCGACGUGAUGUGCUGCAGCGCGUCCAUCCUCAACCUCUGCCUCAUCAGCCUGGACCGCUACCUGCUCAUCCUGUCGCCGCUGCGCUACAAGCUGCGCAUGACGCCCUCGCGCGCCCUGGCGCUCAUCCUGGGCGCCUGGAGUCUGGCCGCCCUCGCCUCCUUCCUGCCCUUGCUGCUGGGCUGGCAUGAGCUGGGCCACUCUCGGGCGCCCGCCCCGGGCCAGUGCCGCCUGCUGGCCAGCCUGCCCUUCGUCCUCGUGGCGUCCGGCCUCACCUUCUUCUUGCCGUCGGGUGCCAUCUGCUUCACCUACUGCAGAAUCCUGCUGGCUGCCCGCAAGCAGGCCGUGCAGGUGGCCUCUCUUACCACCGGCACGGCUGGCCAGGCCUUGGAGACUCUGCAGGUGCCCAGGACCCCACACCCAGGGGUGGAGUCUGCUGACAGCAGGCGUCUGGCCACCACCCACAGCAGGAAGGCCGUGAAGGCAAGCCUGACCCUGGGCCUCCUGCUGGGCAUGUUCUUUGUGACCUGGUUACCCUUCUUUGUGGCCAACAUCGUCCAGGCCGUGUGUGACUGCAUCUCCCCAGGCCUCUUCGAUGUCCUCACGUGGCUGGGGUACUGUAACAGCACCAUGAACCCCAUCAUCUACCCACUUUUCAUGCGUGACUUCAAGCGGGCCCUGGGCAGGUUUCUGCCCUGCCCGCACUGUCCCCAGGAGCGCCGGGCCAGCCUGGCCUCCCCCUCCAUGCGGACCUCUCACAGCGGGGCACGGCCUGGCUUGAGCUUGCAGCAGGUGCUGCCGCUGCCACUGCCUCCGGACUCCUCAGACUCAGACUCGGGUGGCUCCUCCGGCCUGCAGCUCACGGCCCAGCUGCUGCUGCCUGGAGAGGCCACCCGGGAACCCCCUCCGCCCACCAGGCCUGCCGCUGUGGUCAACUUCUUCAACAUUCACCCGGCGGAGCCCGAGCUGCGGUUGCACCCACUUGGUACCCCCACGAACUGACGAGGCUUGGGGCCUCCCAGCGGCAGCUGCAGGGACCAUCUCCCUGAGGCCCUCAGCGAACUCCUGGCUAAGGCCAAGCAACUGCAGGUGUCUUGGGAGCCUUCUGAACUUCCGAGAGGGCUGUGCACUGAGCCAGCGCCUCACGUUGCUCCAGAGGUUCCGCCGCUGAGAAUGAGUCCAGGAUGCUGCCGGAUUGUGGGACCUCUUGGUUCAGAUUAGGUUAAAACAAUCCUGACCUUUGUUCCUUCUCUCAGGCGAGUGGUGGUGGGGAACACUUUUUCUGUGGAUUGGGGUUCAUGCGUGCGGUCCUCUGACCAUCAGCGACCUCCUCGCCUCCUGGGCAUUUGUGCAGAGCACACCUUGCCUGCCUCAGAUCUGCCAGGUUGGGAUUGGAUGUUAAGAAGGUCCCUGGAGCUACGGUCCGAGACGUGCUGGCUGACGUGAUUAACCCCAAGGAGGACUCGCUGGACACGUCUCAGACCUGCCAGCCCCCAGGAUGUAAAUGGCAGUCAGCAAAACCCCUGAGGCUGGGCCAGGCAGGCACAGCUUUGGAUCUCUGCUCACCCUCCUCGCUCUGGGGCCUCACAGGUCCCUUAACCUCUCUGAGUCGUGGGUGUCUCAGGAGUAAAGUGGGGGUAACAGUGCCACUCUCUCAAAUCCAGAUUUCCACCACCUGCCUCUGGUUCUGCAACUCCUUUUCUGGGUGCCAGGUGGGGCUCCCAUUGCUCAGGGACCCUCCCAGCUCCCGGCCCCUGCCGGCCCUCCUGGGCAGAGGGGCCGGUGGCAACUUCCUGUUCAACCUCAGGGAUGGGUUUUGCUCCACCCUGGGCUUGCCUGGACCUGGAAGGGAGCAGCUCAUGGAAUAAACCCAGUCCCUUGUCCUGCCUCUUUCUAGCCUUCCCUGGGGCCUCUGAGAGAGACUGGAAUGGUGGCCACUUAGGCCCACAGGGCAGUUGGAGAACUGUCCCUGGUGUGGGUGGGGCAACAGGCAGGAGGGUAGACGCUUCUGGGGCAGCGGGUGCAGUUUACCCGCUGUACUGGGGUUUUGUUAAAGCCUCCAAGUUCUGUCGCCCUCCCACUCCCAAACUCCCAGGGGCCUCUGCGUGAGGCCUGGAGCUCUCCUUGGUGCUGAUCAGAUUCAACUCGGUCCUGGCUGCUGGCUGCUGGCUGCUGCUGGCUGCAGAGGGGCCAUGGUGCUUGCUGGGGCUCCUCAGUUGCCACCAGGCCUGCCGAGGGGGCCUGUCAAUAAACCCAAGA